CCCUCCGCCCCAGUCACUGAGCCGCCGCCGAGGUCUCAGCAGCCUCCCCCUUGAGCCCCCUCGCUUCCCGACGCUCCGUCCCCCCUGCCCGCCUUCUCCCGCCGCCGCCUUCCGCAGGCCGUUUCCACCGAGGAAAAGGAAUCGUAUCGUAUGUCCGCUAUCCAGAACCUCCACUCUUUCGACCCCUUUGCUGAUGCAAGUAAGGGUGAUGAUCUGCUUCCUGCUGGCACUGAGGAUUAUAUCCAUAUAAGAAUUCAACAGAGAAACGGCAGGAAGACCCUUACUACUGUCCAAGGGAUCGCUGAUGAUUACGAUAAAAAGAAACUAGUGAAGGCGUUCAAGAAGAAAUUUGCCUGCAAUGGUACUGUAAUUGAGCAUCCAGAAUAUGGAGAAGUAAUUCAGCUACAGGGUGACCAGCGCAAGAACAUAUGCCAGUUCCUUGUAGAGAUUGGACUGGCUAAGGACGACCAGCUGAAGGUUCAUGGGUUUUAAGUGCUUUUGGCUCACUGAAGCUUAAGUGAGGAUUUCUUUGCAAUGAGUAGAAUUUCCCUUCUGUCCCUUGUCACAAGUUUAAAAACCUCACAGCUUGUAUAAUGUAACCAUUUGGGGUCUGCUUUUAACUUGGACUAGUGUAACUCCUUCAUGCAAUAAACUGAAAAGAGCCAUGC